CAUUCCGACUUAUCGUUUCACGUGCAAAAAUCAAAAAUGAAGUUCUCGCACGUUUUCGUGGUCCUCGGACUCCUCCUGGCCACCGCCACAGCAUCCAACGCCAACCUCAAGGAGGUGGAAGUGAGGGGCAUUUUCGAAAACCUCAUCAACAGCACCAUCACCAAGAUCACCAGCGCACUGCCCGAGAUCGUCAGCAUCAGCAAAUUGCCCAUCGCGUUCCCAGAUGAGGGUGCAAUCACUGGCUACUGCAACAUCUCCAACUUGCAAAUUACUGGAAUCAAGAAUUUGGUUGCCUCGUACAUUAAGGUGGAAGUUUUCAGCAUGCGUUUGAACAUGACUUUGGACCUUCCUGACAUCAACAUCAACUUGGCUUAUGAUGCUGACAGCACCUUGGCUAACCUCAUUCCUUUGUACGGAGCUGGAAAAAUGAACAUCGACUUGGAAAAUAUUAGGCUAACAAUUGCUGGAGGUGUCAACUUUACUGGAGGAAUUGCCCUGAAGGACAUCAACGUUGGUUUAACCCUUGGUGAUGCAGUCUUUAAUCUACAUGGUCUAAUUGACAACGAGGACUUCAGUGCAAUCAUCAGCAGCGUUCUGACUGAUAACGUGGCUCCUUUCAUCAACGACAACGCCUCAAUCAUCAGCAACAUUAUCAGCCCCCUCAUUCAAACCAUCAUCAACAGCAUUUUGAAACCAAGCAGCAUCCAAAACCAAUUUAUUGAGGCCGAACAAUUGUACUUGACUGAUUUAAAUAAGGAAGUUUAGAUGCAAUUUAUGUUUAAUAAAUAUGUGAUUUAAUUUGUUAAAAGUGUCAGGAUAUUAAAAUUUCAUUAGAAUAUA